AUGAUCCAUAUUGAAAAACUAUUUUCCUUUAUUCUUCUCUUUAUAGCCCUACCUUCCCCAGCAUCUUUCAUCAGAAUGUCUAGUAUCUAUAAGUUGUCUAUAAAAGGGGUGCGUGCAUUUCAUCCGGAAUCUGACGAGACCAUUCAAUUUGGGUUCCCAUUGACAUUAAUUUGUGGUCAAAACGGGUGUGGUAAAACAACCGUUAUUGAAUGUUUGAAAUACGCAACAACAGGGACAUUGCCUCCAAAUUCCAAAGGAGGAGCAUUUGUGCACGAUCCAAGCUUAAGCUCUCGAACCGCUGUAACUGGUCAGAUUAAAUUGGCAUUCAAAAACGUGAAUGGCAAAUCAAUGAUUACAACUAGAUCAGUUCAAGCGAGUCUGAAAUCAACUAAAAGCGCCACUGGAGCCACUGUCACAUUUAAAACUUUGGAAGGUCAAUUGGCAAUUAUUGAAAAAGGCGAUAAGAUAAGUGUCUCUUCCAAGAAUGCUGAAUUAGAUGCCCAGAUUCCAGUUUAUUUGGGCGCGUCUCCGGCGAUCUUAGAGAAUGUUAUUUUUUGUCACCAAGAUGAAAGUUUAUGGCCAUUGAGUGAACCUUCGGCAUUGAAGAAGAAGUUUGACGAUAUUUUUGAAGCUUCCAAGUUCACUAAAGUUUUGGAUAAUUUUAAAAGUAUUAAAAAGGAUAUGGCAACAGACAUUAAGUUGAUAGAGCAAAGUGUCAACCACUUGAAAAUUGACAAAGAAAGAGCAAAGAAGGUUCAAGAUAAAUUACAUAACAUGAAUGAAUCUGUUGAAAAAUACACUGAAGAAAUUACAGACCUUAAUAUUCAAAUUGAGAAAAAAGAAAAGCAGGCUGAAGAAUUGUUUGCCACUAACCAAGAAUUCCAAAGAACUCUUAGUGACUAUGAGAACUUAUUAACCAAGAAACAAGCUUUAGAGGAACAAAUUGAACGUUUAAAAACUUCUAUUGAAAUCUUACCUGACAAUGAUGAAGAGCUUUUGAAUAGGCAAGAGAACUUUUCUGCAAUCACAACGGAAAAGAGUAACAGAAUUGAUGAUCUUCAAUUACAAAGUACCAAAUUGCUGGAUGAACUAAAGAAUAAAACUAAACAGUACAAUGAGUUAAUAAGGUUGGAUGGCUCAUUCAAAGCUAAGAAGGCGGAAUAUGACUCCAAUUGGGAGAAAUUGUCCGAAAUAGUUGAUAAAAAUGCAAAAGAUUUUAACGUGCAAAUUAGUAAUGACAGAGUACGAAAUAUUGCCAUGUUCAAAACUGAAUUGAAUAAAAGACACAAUACUUUGCUUAACGAACAAAAGGAUCUUUUGGUGGAUAAUAAGAGAAAAGAAUCAGAGAGACAGAGCGCACUUCAAGAUGUUCUCAACUCUAUAUCAAGGGAGGAACAAUACCAUGAGUAUGCAACCAAUGUGAUAAAUACCAACAACGAAAAACUUCUGGUUUUAAAAAGAAAAGUUGAAGUGGGAAGUAAUAAUGAAAUAGAAUUAGAGGAAAAACGAAACGAUCUUGAACUCACUAUGAAAUUGUUGCAAGAGAAAAAGGAUUUGAAUGAAGUUAGAAAACUUGAUGCAAAAAUUAUGGAGUGUAAUACUGAAAUCUCAAAAUUAGAAUUUGAACUCGAUGAACUUGCCAAAAAGUUGUCCACUAGCAACAAACAAUCAGAUUUAAGAUCAAAAGUUUUGUUUUUGGAAGAAUCAGCUAAAUCUAAGAAGGCAGAAUUAUCCAAGAUUUUUGCAACUAUUGACAGUAGCUAUUUUGAUGUCUUAGGUUCAAAAUUAGAUGUUGAUGUAGGUGAGUCACUUUUAUCCCAAAAAAUUUCAAACUUGGAAAUCAAGUCGGAAGAACAACAAAAGAAAGUAGGGUCAUUGGAAAGUGAAUUGCAAAUAAAUAAAAACUCAAUCGAAUCAAUUUUGAAAACCAUAGAAGAAAACAACCUGAAAAUUGACUCUUUGAAAAGCAACAUAACCAAAGUUAUUGGCGAAGAUGAAAUUAAUGACUAUGAGAAUGUAGUAAAUGACUUGGAAGAUAGUUAUAGAAAUGUCCUGGAAGACGUAAACAGUGCUGAAGUAACACGAGAUUUCAAGAACUCGGCCAUAUCAUUUGCAGAGGAAAACAAAUGUUGUUUGCUUUGUAAAAGAUUGUUUGAACAAGGAGGAUUAGGUUCCUUUAUUCAGGAUUUGAAGCAAAGUGUUGAUGAACACAAAAUACAAGAAAUUCGUGAGCAAUCAUUAGAAAUAAAGAAAGAGCUCGAAGAUGUGAAGUCAAUUAACUUGGAAGUGAUCAACUAUAGAGAAUGUCUUGCUAAUGUUCAGAAUUUCGAAUGCAAAUUGAAAGAGUUGGUUGAUAAAUCGAGUCAAAUAGAGAAUGAAUUAGAGCAACAAAGAAAAGAACAACAGACAAUUAAACACUCUCUUGAUAAUGCUUUACUGUUGAAAAAACCUUUAUCUGACGCAACUAGAAUACAUUUGGAAGUACUGGAGAUUGAAUUCCAACUUGAUGAAUUAAACGAAGAUUUGAGUGGGUUUGGUGGCCUGGUUGUUUCAGUUGAUGAAUUGCAAAAACAGCAACAAGACAUAAAUUUGAAAAUCAAAAAGACAAGACAGGAUUUAAAUGAUUAUACAGAGAGCAAAUACAAGGCACAACGGGAAUUACAGAAGUUGGAAAACAGAGUCAAAGACACAAAAUUACAGAUCAGUAAUUUAGAAAGAUCACUUGCAGAAGUGACAGGAAUCAAGAAUAAUAUAUCAGAGGCCGAAGACAUUGUGCGUAGCUCCGAAGAAAAGUUGAAACAGAUUAAAACCUCUUUGGAAGAAUUGCAAGUUGACAAACAGGUAAAACUGAAUGCAUUGAGAGAUACCCAAAACAGUAAUCGUGAUACUGAACAGGAGAUGCAACAAGAAGUGGAAAAAUGCCACCAAUUGCUUACCUCAUUUACCUCACUCAAUGAUGCAGUGACCUAUUUUGAAACAAACAUAGCAGAUAAGUAUGAAGCAAAUGCUUUAGAAAUGAAGGAGCUUUCAGAACAAUGCACUUCCUUGGAAACUAAAAUAGACGAUCAUGCACAAGAGAUUAAGCUGUUGGAAAAGGAAGUAAUGGAUGCAUCUCGGAUAGAGCACAAUAUUCUUGCCAAUAUUGAUUAUCGAAGCCAACUUAGUAGAUUGGAGGAGACAGAAUUACAACUUGGCUCAAUGGACAUAGAGGAUGCUCAAUCCCGUAAGGAAGAAUAUCAGGUAGAAUCUAAAAAAUUGCGAGAUGCUUUGUCUUCAUUAACUGCCGAGCAUGCUGGUAAAAUUGGAGAAGUGAAACAGAUUAAAGAUCAAAUAGCUAGUUUGAACAAAGAGUUGGAAACCGAAUACAAGAAUGUAAAUCAAUCCUACCACGAAGAGUGGAUUAAGCUUCAAACUAAUUUGUUGGUUUCAAACGACAUUCAGAUUUAUUCAAAGGCUUUAGACAAUGGUAUCAUGAAAUACCAUAGUAUGAAGAUGGAGGAAAUCAACAGAAUUCUAAAUGAAUUGUGGUCACAAACGUACAAGGGAUCAGAUAUUUCUACAAUUGCGAUUAAAAGUGAUGUCAAUUUGCAAGCUAAAGGAAACAGGUCCUAUAACUAUAGAGUGGUAAUGGUAAAAGAAUCUAGCGAGUUAGAUAUGAGAGGCAGAUGCUCGGCCGGUCAAAAAGUGUUAGCCAGUAUUUUGAUCCGGUUGGCGUUAGCGGAAUGUUUUGGUGCAAAUUGUGGGAUGAUUGCGUUAGAUGAGCCUACCACUAACUUGGAUGCUGAAAAUGCCGAGGCACUAGCAGCAGCAUUGAACAGGAUCAUUGAAUACCGAAAAUCGCAAUCAAACUUUCAGUUAAUUGUUAUUACACACGAUGAGAAGUUUUUAACACACAUACAGGGUGAUCGGUUCACAGAUCAUUUUUACAGAAUUCAACGAGAUGAAAGUAGUAAGUCAAGAAUUUAUAGUUUACCUAUUGGUAGAAUUCAAGAAGGCUAA